CAGUCUCUGCUCCCCGCUCCCCCUAAAGUCUUCACUUUCACUGCUGCUGCUGCAGGUGAUGCUGUAAGACAGAUAACGGGAGUCUGAUCGGGGCAAACAGGCAGAGAGCUGGAUUCGGAUUGGGAAUAAAGGAGGGGAGGAGGGGAGAUUUAAAGGGAAAGGAGCAGAGGGAGAUUCAGACUACAGAGUGAGAGUGAGGAAAGAGAGCCAGUGCAGAGAAAGAGAAGAGGCAGCGAAUGGAAGAAGAGAAGAGGAGAGGCAUUGACUGGAGGCAUACGCAUGGACGAGAAGAAUUUAUUUCAAGUGCUCGGCGUGCAGCCCUGAAGGGAAGCGUGUGGCCGUCAGAGUGGAUUUUUUUUUAAAUCAUCCACCGCUCCACAGUUGCAGGAGAAGCAGAGAUACAGAGACAGGCAGGGAGCAGAGAGCUGAGCACAGAGGAUGAACAGGAGAUGCGGGCUCUGUGGCUGUGAUCGCCGUGCUCAGACCUCGUAGCCACUCUCGCUGGUUGUUGCAGGCCGUCAGCCUUGCAGAGACGGCAGCAGCAGUCGACACAGAAUGAGCUCCAAGCACUCCUCUGACUGGAUUCCCUACAGCACUUUAGACGAUGAGGGGACAAACCUCCGACAACAGAAACUGGACAGACAGCGAGCCCUCCUUGAACAGAAGCAGAAGAAGAAAAGACAGGAGCCUCUGAUGGUCCAGUCCAAUGUGGACGGGAGGUCCCGCGCUCGUCGGACCAAACAGAGCGAAGAACAGGCCCCGCUGGUCGAAUCGUACCUCAGCAGCAACAGCAGCACCAUCUACCAUGUGCAAGAUCCUGAACGGGAGGAGGUGAAGGUGAUUUCGGACGCUCAGUUGCCUCGCUCAGCCAAAAAGGGCAAAGCAUCGGCCAGCUCCACUCCGCAGACAGGCAGUGAAAAGAAGGAGAGGAAGGGCAAACACAAAGCGAUCAACAGCCCGGCUGCCCAGCAGGACGACAGUCAGAUCCAGAUCCUGACGGUGGGCCAUUCUGCUGCAGAGGAGGGCGAGGCAGAGCCGGUUAUGAGCUGCACUCAGUCACAGAGUAAGCAGGACCUUCGUGUCACCAUGCUGAAGAAAGGUAUUUCCAGCAGUAUGAAUUUUGAUGAAGAAGAGGAUGAUGACGAUGAAAUUAGCUCAAGCUCUUCACAGCUCAAUAGCAACACAAGACCAGGCUCUGCCACCAGCAAAAAGUCAUGCAAGGAGGUGGCCUCAGCACCCACUCCACCAACAAAUGAACCUGCCAUUGAUGUUGAGGAUCUGGAGGAGUUUUCUCUGCGACCCGCACCACAGGGUGUCAGAGUAAAAUGCAGAAUCACCAGGGACAAGAAAGGCAUGGACAGAGGAAUGUAUCCUACCUACUAUCUUCACCUGGAGAGGGAGGAUGGCAAAAAGGUAUUCCUUUUAGCUGGAAGGAAAAGAAAAAAGAGUAAAACUUCAAAUUACCUCAUCUCCAUUGAUCCCACUGAUCUGUCUCGUGGAGGGGAGAGCUUCAUUGGAAAACUGAGGUCAAACCUCAUGGGAACUAAGUUUACUGUGUAUGACAAUGGUCUGAACCCCAUGAAGAGCACCACCAGCCUCGAAGCCAGCAAUCUUCGCCAAGAACUAGCUGCCAUUUGCUAUGAAACCAAUGUUUUAGGAUUCAAAGGGCCUCGCAAAAUGAGCGUCAUCAUUCCGGGAAUGAACAUGGACCAUGAGAGGGUGUCCAUUCGGCCGCGUAACGAGCAUGAGUCAUUGUUGGCCAGGUGGCAGAACAAGAACACCGAGAGUGUGAUUGAGCUUCACAACAAAACACCUGUGUGGAAUGAUGACACUCAGUCCUACGUUCUGAACUUCCACGGCAGAGUCACGCAGGCUUCUGUUAAAAACUUUCAAAUCAUUCAUGACAAUGACCCUGACUACAUUGUGAUGCAGUUCGGCCGUGUGGCAGAGGACGUCUUCACAAUGGACUAUAACUACCCAAUGUGUGCGCUGCAAGCCUUUGCCAUUGCUCUCUCCAGCUUUGACAGUAAACUUGCCUGUGAAUAAACUCAAAUCUGAGGUUCAAAGAAGAGAUGAUCUAUCUGUCCUUAUGGGCUGCUUGUGUAUCCCUCGGGUUGGUUUGAGAUCUUUAAGUCACCCAAUGCCCUGGAACUCCUGCAUACUGCGAAAUACAUUGUGGGCUUCAAGUCCUCGGUGUCUAUGUGUGCCUGCAGUCGAAAAGGGGUAAAUGGUCAUGAUCUGUGGGAGAAAACAAGCACAAAAAGUAAUCCACUGGUAAAAUCAAAGGAAUUGGUCUCGACUUAUAUUGUAAUUUUGUAUACUGCAACUGCAUUAUAAAAACCUGCACUGUUUCUUUAUGUAGUAGCUUUAGAAGUUUAACGUUUCCUUACUUGUACAUUUUAACUAACAGGGACACAAGAGUUUUGUUUGAGCAACUCCGUGUAUUUUCUUUCUGUAGUCUACAGCACAGUCUUUCCAUAUUUCAUGCAUGGUAAUUUUAUUUUCUGCAAUCAUUUGUAACAACUUCAUCGGUAUUGGCUGUUUGGUGCUGCAAGCAUUAAUCGUCAUUGCAAAAAAAAUAAAAUAAAUAAUCACUUAUUUCCAAAAGAAUCAAUUAGAGACUCCAACUUGAAAAGGAUAAAGGCAUGUUAUACAGUGCUGUCUACCACAUAUUGUGUCACACUGUUCAACGUGAAUGUACAGGAUGAUGGUGCACUUUACUUUGAAUUAUGUGAUGGAAAGAUAUAUUGCUAUACAUACUUUAUUGUGCCUUUGAAGAUGAACUCCAGUUUUAAAGUUUGGUCACAAAAUAACUUGAACUUGAAUUAAUCUAUGUGUUUCUUGCCAUCCUCGCGUUCACUGAAGAUAUUUCUCUAAAUUUUAGCGUGCCUCAGACAUGUUCAGAAUGGAUGAACACAUUUGGCUACAGAAGAUUCAAGAUAGUUUAUUCCAACGUUUCAGACCGUCUAUAGGUAAAUUAUAAUUAGCUUCACAACUUCACUGCUCAUUUCCUUCAAAGUUUAUUAACACAGCAUGACCUACUGCCAGAAAACAAAGAGGGUGAAUCCACCUUUUGUUUUAACACAUGUCUUUUCCUUGACAUUUUCAUGAACUUUGUAUUCCAUUAAGGAGCUUAAUACAUUCCUCAUCUCACUGGCAGUAAAUCAAUAUAUCACCCACUGCUCACAUUUUUACUCAAAAUAUUUGUCCUCUUGCUUCUUCUAGGGCAUAAUCUCUUUUUGUCAAAUGUAAAGUAGUAGAUUUUCUAUUUUACAACCAUUGAAAAAAUAUGCCGAAUGACAGCAAAUAACAAUCGCUGAUACCGCUAUUGUUACUGUGGGUUCUGAGAAGAUCUUUAACAAAUGUGCUAUUCUUGUAUUCAGUUGUGUUAUAUUAGAAAUUUCUAUUUCCAAAUGGUUGAUACUCUUGCUGUAAAGUCUGCUUUUCUCAUAUGUGUCCAGGACUCGGGAGGUUCUGUCAUUUUCUGGUUUCAGUGCUCUCAUCAUUAUGUACAGUAAAUGGUGUACAAUUUUACUCUGGUGGUAUAAACAAAGUCCUUUGAUCAUGAGAAAAAUAAACUUACAGUCUGUCAAAUGAAA